CUGAAUACUCGUAACAACCAACUGCCAAAGACACAGGAAUCAAGAUGGACAACAUCCCGGAAGGAGUCUCCUACGAAGAAACUGUUACAUUGUCUUAUGAUGACUCUGUCCCUUACGAGGAGCAGGUCUCACAGCAAGAACCACCCGCCGAAUCUGCACCAACUGGGCAGGCGGCGUUGCUGAAUCGUAUCGGGGCCACCAAGGUCUACCUCAUUUCCGAUUCGGUUCAGACAAGAACGGCGAAGCGGAAACAUUCUGGGCUGGAUGAGGACGAUGAUGACGUUGACAUGGACGAAGACACGCAGGAUUUGAGAGGGAAUGCGCUUUUCCUCACUGGAACACCAAUAUCCCAUCUUCCCACUGCUCGCAUAUUUGCGUAUGCAACACACUUUGACGCGCAACCCUUGGCCCUCGAAUGGAUAAACGACAAUAGCUGUAUCCUUGUUUUCGAGUCCCAGGCGCAGGCACGAUCUGCUCAUCGACAGUUGCGGAGAUUACUCGCAGAAGACAUCGAUAUGGAUGGUUUCGUGACUGCCAAGCCAAUUCCAAUAACGAUGUGGCCGCCAGAGGAGAGGAUAAACCGUAGUCUUGGAAAGGGAGAAGGGCUUAAGGGUAUCAUCAGAAUGAGAUGGGCAAGGAAUGAUGACAUCAAGAAAAAGGGCGCUAAAAGGGAGAGUCAAUUCUACAAGAAGUACGGCCCGACAGCGGGGAAGGAAGGCGAUGGGCCUCUCAAGAAAAGGAGAGGAGAUGUGGAGGUAGAUGUGUCAAAACUUGACGCUGAGCUGGAUGCGUACCUCAGAAAGGAUAGACGAUCGUCACAUUCCCCGCCACCCUCGAAGAUGCGAUCCGAUUAUAUUAACGAGCGAAAUGGUGAGAAUGCAGGUCAGAAUGGAGACCUCAAAGAUCGAAUUUCUGUAAAACGCCGUGGGCGUUGGGACGGUGCCUUAGGUAGUAGGCCUAGUCCAGGCGACAGGUGGACGCAUGUUGGAGAAGAGAGGAGGGAACCAAGGGGAAGAGGCCGGAGGGAUAACCGACCGCGUAAGACGCGUCAGGAUCUCGAUGACGAGCUUGAUGCAUUCCUCAACGAGAAAGACUAGAGUCGCGCAGAGCGUUGUGAUAAUCUACUGUAUUGCUGUAUUUCGAGACUUCGUUGGCCACCAUCGUAACUUAGCAGUUACUGAUCGACAGAUACAUAUCUCCAUUCAGACUAAUUGGGCGUCAUUUUCUUGUGCUCUUAUCCGCGAAGCACCUGUUCUGGCAUCGUCGUCCACGACUGAUCAGCUAUGUGCAUCGACACGCGACUUGGAGCGAUGCUGCGAUGAGCAGGUAGUACGGC